AUGUGUGUCGAUAAACAGGAAAUUGCUGCUACUGUGAAACAUGCUACUGUGGAUAAUGCUAUUGUGAAUAUCCCUGAACUUGUUGAUGAAGAUCAUGCUAGUAGUGAUGAUUCAAACCUUGAGGAUGACAACAACUUGAUAAUUGGAAAUUUUGUGAGCAACAAGUCUAAAAGGAAGUAUAUGUCUAGUGAUUGGAAUGACAAUAUAUAUAAGAUUGGUCAAGUUUUCAUUGGUGGUGCCGUCGAAUUUCGGGAUAAGUUGUGCAAGUUCGCAGUUGAGAAGGGGUUUGAGUUUAACUAUGUUAAGAAUGACAAGUGCCGUGUUAGUACUACUUGUGCCAAGAAAGAUUCCGAUGGGUGUGACUGGUACGUUUAUGCUUCCUUAAACAAGGCUAGUGGUUAUUUCCAUAUAAUAAAGUUGGUGAAUAAUCAUUCUUGUGUUGGUGUUGUCCGGCAUCAAAAUCAUAAGAGGCUAGGAUCCAAAGGUAUUUCCACUAUUAUGGCUGAUAAAGUGAGAUCCGAUCCUUUAAUUAAGCCCAAGGAUAUUGUCAAGUAUUUCAAGCAUGAUUAUGGGUUUGAUAUUCCUUAUCACAUGGCAUAUAGGGGAAAAGAGGCUGCUAAUAAGAUGUUACAUGGUAGUGAAGCAUUUGGGUAUUCUCUAUUGCCUUGGUAUAUUGACACAUUAAAGAGAACUAACCCCGGUUCAUAUUGCAUCCUUGACUCUCUUGAUAAUCGUUUUCGUCGAUUGUUUAUAUCUUAUGGGGCUUGCAUAAACGGUUUCAAAUAUUGUCGACCUAUGCUGUUCCUUGAUGGGACUUUUAUUAAAAACAAGUAUAAGGGGAUGCUAUUGGGUGCUUGUGCUAAAACAGGGAACAAAGAUGUUUUCCCAUUUGCCUUUGCCAUUGUUGAUGCUGAAAGUAAAGAGAAUUGGAGGUGGUUCCUUGAACAUUUGGCAAUAAUCUUGGCGAGUGACUACCGGACUAUUGUAUUCAUGACAGACCGUGGAACUGGUCUUUUGGAUGGUGUGAAAAAGGUGUUUCCAAAUGCGCCGCACUCCUACUGUAUCAAGCAUCUAAAGGACAAUUUGAAUGGCAGGUAUCUAAGUUCCUAUGGUUCUACUUUUAAGGAACACAUUGUGAGAUUGUUUACACAAUCUGCAUAUGCUAGGACUUUAGAUAUCUUCAAUGAAAAGGUGGAAGAAUUUAGGAAGCAAAGUUGUGGGCAGGGUCAGUCCUUUCUUGGUAACUUGCCACCCGAAAACUAUGCUAUUGCUUGCUUCCCUGCUAAAAGAUAUGGCGAAAUGAGUAAUUCUUUGGUAGAGAGCUUCAACAACAUGGUCAAGGAUGAGAGAUGCAUGCCGCUGCCUCAGUUGCUUGAAGGCAUUCGUGUGAGAGUUAUGGAGAUGUUUUGUGAAAGGAAGGCUCAAUCUUCUACUUGGAGGAGUGUGCUAUGUCCUAAGCUUGAGAAAAAGUUGUCGAAAAGGAUAGAAACAGGGAGAAAUUGGAGAGUUAGCCAGUCUACUAAUGAAAUUUUUGAAGUUUGUACAGAGGAUAGCACCGUCAUGGUAAACUUGGUUGAGAGGGAGUGUUCUUGUGCUUGGUGGCAGUUUAGGUGCUUCCUAUGUUCUCAUGCAGUUCAAGUAAUGCAGAAGGCGAACCGUAUCCCUUACCGUUACAUUGAAGAUUACUGGAAGACCUCAUUCUAUAGAAGUGCUUAUGAUCUUCCUAUUUUUCCAAUCCCGGAUCUUGAUAAGUCCAAUCCUAGUAGUUUUGGUGAUUCAGCUUUGCAGCCUCCUAAGACUCGAAAACCUCCCGGAAGACCACGGACAAGGAGGAUCAAGUCGUUUAGGGAAGAGUCCAGACCAGUGAAAUGCACACGGUGUGAUCAACUUGGCCACCACAAUCGCAGGUCAUGCAAUGUGGCGAUCUGA